AUGGCUAGUGCGGUACGUGCGACUAAUAAAAGACCUUUUAGAGUAUCUAUUGAAGGAAACAUAGGAUCUGGAAAAUCAACAUGUAUCAAGUAUUUUGAUAAAUAUCCUAAUGUUGAAAAGCAUGCGGAACCUAUAGCGGAAUGGCGCAACGUCAGCGGUCAUAACCUACUCGGUCUCAUGUAUAGUGACAUGAAUGAGUGGACCUUCGCCUUCCAACAUUAUGUGCACCUCAGUCGUCUCAAAAUACAAACAAGCCCACCAUGUAACCCAUCGAUUACUGUAAAAAUGUUUGAAAGAUCUGUUCAAAACAGCAGGCACUGUUUUGUGGAGAAUGCAAAAAAACAAGAUUUUCUUAAAGAUCCUGAAUACCAUGUCUUACUGGAGUGGUUUGAUUAUACUGAGAAAUACUUAGAUAUCAGCUUAGAUCUCAUAGUAUAUUUAAGAACAACACCAAAAACAGUGUGGGAGAGAAUAAUGAAACGAGGCAGAGCUGAGGAGUCUGAGGUGCCUUUGGAAUAUUUACAACAAGUGCACGAAUCUUAUGAAAACUGGCUCAGUUCCCCUGACGUUGGCUGUGAAGUGCUGACGAUUGACGCCAAUAAGGACUUAGAUGCUGUUAAGGAAGACUUAGAGAGGUACAGCUAUAAGAUAUUAGGAGGCAAUCACACUAAU